AGACAACAUGUCUGACGUUGCCUCAAGAAACAAGGCUUCCUCUAACGAGGCCCUUUAAUCACGAUAGCUUGUCAGUUUUGUAUGCGUCCGUCACUUCGAAUACACCAAGCGCCAGUACCUAGUUAUAACCCACAAUGGAUCCCGGGGCCAUUGUGGGGAUCAUCUCACUCGGCAUCCAAGUUGCGGAUGGCCUGGUGAAGUAUUACACGGCCUAUAAGGAUCGAGAAUCGGAUACGGCUCAUACGGUGAAACGUCUAAUCCACCUUCUUAAUAUACUGGGGAUUCUGCGCAACAACCUGGUCUGCCGCAAGUUCCAGCCCGACGAGAAGUCCUUGCUCGAGGCCAUCGAACGUUCAGUGGGCGACUGCGAGGAUCUCAUUCACGAACUCCAGGAGGAGACGGACAAGUUCACCAAAGCACCCUCAGCCGGCGUUGCGGCGGGCGUGCGUGUGACAGGCCGCCGGCUGGCAUACCCGUUCCGCCAGAGCACGCUACAGAAACUCGACGAAGACAUCGACGAGAUAUGCGCCAACCUCACACUGGCCCUGCAGGUCCUGCAACAGCAGGACCUCGGCAGUGUCCAAGACGAGAUCCAGGACACCAAGGCCCUGCUCGAACUAGUCCGCGCCGACCAGAUCUCAGCCGAAAUCCGAGACUGGCUCAAAGCGCCCGACGCCUCGAUCAACUACAACGAAGCCUGCAAGAAGAAAUACCCCGGCACGGGGCUCUGGUUCAUCAAGAGCCCCCAAUUCAGCACCUGGCUCCAGACGGCCAACUCCUUCCUCUGGCUCAAGGGCUUCGCCGGCUGCGGCAAAUCGGUGCUCUCCUCCACCAUCAUCCAGCACACCCUGCGACACCGGCGCUCCAACCCGCGCGUCGGCAUCGCCUUCUUCUACUUCACCUUCAACGACGACGCCAAGCAGGACACGUCCGCCAUGCUGCGAGCCCUGAUCCUGCAGCUGGUGCCGCAGCUCCAGAGCAAGGACGCCCUGCCGCGCCUGCACCAGAACUACCGCGGCGGCACCCCGCCCGACCAGGCGUUGCUGGAUUGUCUGCACCAGUUAAUAGCGCAGUUCGACGAUGUGUAUAUUGUUUUGGAUGCGCUGGACGAGAGCCCGCGGCACAAACACCGCGAGGACUUGUUGCGGGCGCUGGACGAGAUGCGCGGCUGGCAGGGGCCGGAGCUGCAUUUGCUGGUGACGAGCCGGGAUGAGCAGGAUAUCAGGGAGGAGUUGGGUCCGGCGGAGGAUCAGAUGGUGGCGAUGGGGGAUGGGUUGGUGGAUGCGGAUAUUGCGGCUUUUGUGGCGGGCCAUUUGAGGGAUAAUCGCAGGCUGAGGAAGUGGGAGAGGUUUCAUGGCCAGAUUGAGAAGGCGCUUACCGAGGGCGCGAAGGGAGUGUUUCGUUGGGUUGAGUGCCAGUUUGCGGCGUUGGAGGCUUGUCCGGGGAGCAAGACUCGGCUUGAUGCCCUGCUUGGAUCACUACCGCGGACUCUGGACAAGACAUACGAACGCAUGCUGCACAACAUCGAGGAGGAGUCAGUUGACGAUGCCAAGAGGAUCCUGACGCUGCUGUGUAUAGCGAAGCGGCCGUUGCAGGUGGAGGAGCUCAUUGACGGCAUUGCGGUCGAACUCGGAGACGACGCGAAGUUCAACGAGGAUAGCAGACUGAUGAACCAGGACGACAUCCGCCACAUCUGUCCGGGGUUUAUCGAGGUGGAUUUUAAUAAGGAAGACAAGGAGGUGACGGUACGCAUCGCGCAUUACUCGGUCCAGGAGUAUCUGGAAUCCGACCGGAUCCUUACUUCGGGGACGGCAAGCUUUAGUGUCAGGCGCAGAGAAGCCAACACCGAAGUCGCGUCCAUCUGUCUGGUCUACCUGAUGGACCCCGAGCUGUCCGAAGCGUGUAUAAACCAGACCUGGGGCUUCGGAUUCGCCGCCAUGUACCCCUUAGCCACGUACGCGGCAGCCAACUGGGCAGAGCACUACCGCGAAGGAGACGGCUUAGAUCCCGCCCUCCACCGUCUCGCCCUAGACCUCUUCCACGACGACGAGGGCACUCUCGUCAGCUGGGCCAACAUCUACAAAUGGACAGGCUACAAGCGCGACGGCCUCGGCGACCGCAUCCUCUCCCCACUCUACCUCGCCGCCAGACUCGGCCUCGACCCCAUCGUCCGCGUCCUCGCCGACGAAUUCGGCCCCACCCCGCCCCGCAAGCACUACUUCGAAUCCGCCCUCAUAGCCGCCGCCACCUCGGGCCACGCCAGCACGGUGGCCCUCCUCCUCGACCACGGCGCAUCCAUCAACCACCUCGGAUUCGAGGGCACCGCACUCCACCUCGCGGCCCGACACGGCCACCUGGCCGUGGCGCAGACCCUCCUCUCGCGCGGCGCGGACCUCGAAGCGUGCGACUACCGCGGCAAGAGCCCCAUCUACGACGCGGCCGCGGGCGGCAAGGACGAGAUCGUGCGGCUGUUUCUCGUGCGCGGCGCCGACAUCGACCCGGCGCCGGGCGGGUACGACACGCCGCUGGAGUGCGCGGCGCGCGGCGGGCGCCAUGCCGUGGUCGCGAUGUUGCUGGAUCGUGGGGCCGAUCCGAACCGCGGGCGCUACGCGCGCCCGCUGGAGGCUGCGCGCGAGUAUCCCGCUGUUGUGCGGUUGUUGCUGGAUCGUGGGGCGGAUAUUGAUCUGGGCACGCCGGCUGCGCCGCUGGCGCUGGCGUGUAGUGAGGGGGUGGUGGGCGUGGUUGAGGUGUUGCUGGAUCGGGGUGCGGAUGUGGAGAGGGCGGGUGGUUUUGCGCGUCUGCUGGAGCGUGCCGUGGCGAAUUCUGAUGCCAGAGUGGUUAAGUUGUUGCUCGAGCGCGGGGCUGAUGCCAACGGAGGUGAGGGCGCCGACCAGAAGCCCCUCGAGGCGGCGGCGGCGUUGCGGGCCGCGGCUCCUGUCUUUGAGCAUCUGCUAGAUGCCGGGGCCGAUAUCAACGGCGGCCUGGUCAUGACGCCGCUGGAGAAGGCUGUUACCAAAACGUCGGUGGCAAACGUGAAGCUGCUCCUUGAGCGUGGUGCGGAUCCGAACCUGGGGAUCCAGAUGACGCCUCUGGAGGCAGCGGCGAAUGGGGUGACGGAGAUUAUCAUGGAUCUGCUGAUUGAGAACGGCGCAGAUGUAAACAAGGGGAUUCAAAUGACGCCGCUCGAAACACUGAUGCAAAAGCCAGUGAUACAGUUCCGGUUGGUGGAGCUGCUGGUGGAGAUGGGGGCGGACGUGAGCCGGGAACUCAAGAACAACCUAGCAGAGGCGGCGAAGAGUGAAGGGUCCGAUUCCGAGAGCAUAAUAGCCCUGUUAUCUGAGGAAACAGAAGUGGAGAGCAUUGAACGAGUUGGUACGAUAGGAGUACCGCAGGCACCGAUGAUCGUAACGGGGCCAACCGGGGCUAUCCUACACGUUGCUGCCGCCGAUAAAUAACAACAUGUUACUCUCGCGCUUUUUGGAAUGUUUUAGAUAGGGCGUUGGAAUCGAGUGCGGUUCGGGUUGUCG